AAAAAAUGGAAAAUAAACAGCAACAGAAACAUAAGAGCACCCUCAUUACCUGAUGACCAUUUUUUCAUCGAUGGCAAUGCUUUCGUUUAUAACAUAGCAUUUAGGAACCGAACUCAUUGGACUCACGGUGGUCAGUAUGCAACACUGGCCGAUGUCGUUACAAAAAUCGUUCACAGGCUUCAGAAAGCGCAUAUACAGCUUACAUUUUUGUUUGAUGGGGCAUUGCCGUCCGAUAAGAUCGAGACGAGGAUCAAGCGUCAUCGAUCUUACAUUGAACGUUGUGCAUCCACUUACUACAAUUUAAAGCAGAUCAACACAUCGAAUAAGAAUAGUACAAACGUAAGCGUCAAUCAGCAUUCAUUUAACGAUUACAGCGAUAUGGAUGGAAUACAUUAUCAUGGCGAUCUUUACUUGAUACCGCCAUUAACUUUGGAAGUUGUGAUACAAACAUUGAGAGUAUUAGAUGCCGUAGAAGUAAAAAUAUGCAAAGCUGAAGCAGAUGGUGAAGUUGUGGCGAUGGCAGUAGAAGCUUCGAAAAAACAAAAUGCUUAUGUUAUAUCACAAGAUUCGGAUAUGUUUGUUUAUCCGCUUGUUGGGUCGGGUUAUAUUCCUUUGGACAUGCUCAACAUACCGUUGGAUCAAGAUGUUGAUGAUCAGUUUAUCUCAGCCAGAGUCUUUCAAGCAAAAAAGCUUGCUAACCUACUCAAUUUGAAGCACACUUACCUGCUACCACUAUUUGCCACUUUGAUGGGAAACGAUUAUUUGGAUAUGAAUUUAAUUAAAUUUCCAAUCACGCAGUGGUACCAUGACAAAGGGCUGCAACAUGUAACGCAAUGCCUCGGUAGCUGGCCAAAAGUAAUAGCAGAAUUCAUUAACAGAAUUUUGAAAUUAUGUGAUCAGCAAAGAGAAGAACUUGACCUAAUUAGACGCAUAGUCGAUGAAUUAAAACCUAUCAUUUCAAGAAGUAACAUGAAAGCAAGGGAAGAAUUUGCGGAAAGUUUUGAAGAUCGGUUACUUAGAUCAAUCAGCCAGUAUGAUGCACAAAGCCCCUUUCUUAGCGAUUCAGUAAAACGAUCAAAUAGUGGUAAUGAAAUCGCGGAUUUGAACGAGAUCAUCACGAAAUACCUAAACGAUCACAAGAACUAUGUCAGCAGACAUUUAUUAGACAUAAUUGGCAGUAGAACAUUCUGGUGUAGUAUUUUCCUUGAAGAUGUGGAAAAGGAGUCUGUUUGGAAAAUAAGUAAUACAUUAAGAGAAGCCAUUUAUCGUACAGUUAACGAACGGUUUUUCAACAACUCGAAGGACUUUAUUGUUAAUGAAUACAUUCGUGUGAAGCAGCAUUUGGAGAUGUUUGAAAUAGAAGUAACAAACGAUUGUAUAGCGGCAACUGAUUCUAAGGAAAUACUUUGUCAUUUACAUAAAACCCACGUUGAUCACUUAAAACCGUUCGAUGCUGUAUUACAUCCUCUUAUUCUUUGUUUACGAUAUAUGGUUCACCACUAUCCUUUUUCACCUUUCUCAUCUUCAACUUCAACUGAAACACGCGAAAGAAUGACAGAUUACGAAGUUGUAGGCGUUGUUAUUGCAACUUUAAAAUCACUUGGACCUUUACUUGCAGGAUUUUCAAUAACCAAUCCAUCUCUAUCGAGAGUGCCCUCUUUGAAAAAACGAUACAUUCACCUCGCCUCUCAAUUUCAAACCAUCAUUUACUCUUCGUACCUUCUCUCACUCGUCCUUGAAAUUCCGGGUUACUUACAACAUUCCCAUGUCCUCAGUCACAUGUAUAACGGUCUCUACUUCCAUCACUAUAUAGAAAUGGCUAAAGGAGGAGCCAGUAUUGCUAAGAUGCUCGAUAUCAGUAUUGGUGAUUCAUCCUUGACGACGGCUGCCAUCAGUGCUGAUUUUGCUAAUUUGUUUGGUUCUGUCUACAAAGCAGUAACUGAUGGAUUAGAAAACGACAUCGAAGCAACUUUCGAAUACAACUUGACAAAGACUAUCCAAAAUACAUGGAUCAUACCCAGUCAAAAACCAAAGAGAUUGAACCCUUCAUUGUUGCCCUCGAAAAGCAAAAGUAAUAACGGUAUAUAUGACUCCUACAACUUAACCACGAAGAAGAAGAAAAAAACUUCAAACAGCUCUGUAAAUAAUAAUGGUAGGAAUGUGAAUGCAUUUAAUGUACUAAGUUUCGGAUGUAAUUUUGAUGAUUAG